CUUGCUGGUCUUCAAAAUGAGCAGCUCUCCGCAGCACCACGAUGAGGACUACGAGAAAUUUUUCAGCGCGGACUUGUUCGUGAACCGCGACUACGAGUCAAAGGAGUUUAACUUUGGUGUAGUGAAGCAGAAGUUGCUGUCCUCCCACGCCGCAUCUACUGACCACGACCUCACGGGCCAAGUGGUGUGGCCAGUCUCCAUCUUUCUCGCCUGGUAUCUUGUGGCACAUCGGAACGAAAUCGUCUGCAAGAAUGUGGUGGAGCUAGGCGCUGGUGCUGGGCUCAGUGGCCUCGUUGCCUCGCAGUUUGCUGCCCACACCGCCCUGACGGACGGUAACGACAUCGUGCUGGAGCUGCUUGAAGAAAACGCAGAAACCAACGCCGACUCCAGCAAAGUGAAGGCGUUGCCACUGCUUUGGGGAGAACGCCAAAGCGUCGAGGCCUUCGAACAGGCAUUCCCGUUCCCAAUAGACAUCCUAAUCGGCGCUGACGUCAUAUGUUGGCCCAUCCUCGUUAAGCCAAUUCUGCAAACCAUCAAGUACUUGCUGCUACGCUCACGCAAGCCGUUAGAGACCAAGUUUUGCUGCGGUUUUGUUUGCCGCGCGCAGUCGACGGAAAAACUGCUUUUCCAGGAAGCUCUGGCGUUUGGAUUUCACUUUGAACGCAUCUCAGAAGACACAUUCCUUCCUACACCGCGGCCUUCCGAGGUGAUUUCAAACCGGGAACUGCAGCUGAUCGUGUUUACGCUCGACCCACGGGCUCCAAACUGGAACGAACCAGUGCGUUUCGCUGAUGCUGAGCUGGCGAACAUUCAGACCGCCUGCUAG